UAGGACGAGGAAUAGUGAUAAAGAUAGUGCCGUCAAUGGGCCUCAAACCUGUGGCCAUUGGCUCUCCAGCCUGAUGCUCUACAGCUGACGCUUACAAUCCCCUAGGAACCAUGCAGAGGCGUCCAUUACGAUCCAACAGAGGGGGCCGGCAGGAGGAGCCAGAUACAGAGGAGAAAAAGGAUUAUUAUCAGUUUGGGGGUCCAAUAGGGGCAUUUCUAACCAGUGUAUGUUUCAUAGGACUGACAUAUAUAGUGGUGGAAAAGAUUCAGUCUGGUAAAUGGCAGAUGCUGAGAUUACCAGAGUUCCCGGGACACCCUGGAGGCUGGCUGGAUCUUAGGGCAGCAGCCAUAUUCCUAGGCUGGCUUGGGGCCCAGUUUGUCCUAUACCUACUCCCAUUUGGUGGACCCAUAGAACUAGGGUCACCCACCAAAGACACCGGCCGCAAGCUGGCUUAUAGACUCAAUGGUUUUUUUGUUUUUGUGUUGAAUAUGGCAUGUUUGAUGGUUGCGACCUAUGUGGGUGUCCCAGUUACUGUGCUAACACAAAAGGCACUACAGAUGCUGACCACCGGGGUCCUAGCCUUCCUUCUACUCAGCAUUGCCCUGUACGUCAAGGCUAUGACUCUGAGGCCCCGGAACCGCAGCCCAUGUGGUCAAACAGAGAGCGCCUAUUAUAACUGGUUUAUUGGUGCAGAACUCAAUCCGAGGUUCGGAUUCCUCGACCUAAAGUUGGUCCUCUUCCGUAGCACUGUCAUUGGCUGGAUGAUCUUUAAUUGGGUGAAUGUUGUAGACGCGUACGAGACUGGUCAUCUUACUCCGUCCCUACUACUGGUCAGCAGCCUACAGCUGGUGUAUGUUCUAGAUACUUUCUGGUUCGAAGCCGGAAUGUUGGUAUCACGAGAAAUUAUUUAUGAGGCAUUGGGGUUCAACCUCCUCUCCCUCUCUCUGAUGAUUCCAUUUACAUUCUGUGUCCAGACACGAUACCUCGCUACAACAGGGUUCAACCUCCCCUGGUACUGUCUCAUCCCCAUCAUUGCUUUGAAUGUAACAGGAUACUGGAUUCUAAGGGGGAGUAACUCUGAGAAAAAUAACUUCAGACGUAAUCCAAAGGAUCCUGCCUUUGCAAACUACCAGACUCUGCCUACCCAGGUGAAGGGUAAAAACCUGCUUGUGUCCGGUUGGUGGGGGAUGAGCAGACACCCUAACUACUUUGGAGACAUCAUAAUUAACUUAAGCUUUGCCUUACCAACAGGAUUUGGCUGUUUCUUGCCUUAUCUAAACCCACUGUUUUUGGUGAUGCUGUUGGUGGAUCGUGAGCGAGUAGACGGGGAGGAAUGUCGGCAACGUUACGGAGAGGCGUGGGACAAAUAUUGUGAAAAAGUCAAAUAUAGAAUUAUUCCUUAUGUAUACUGAGAUGUCGGGAUGAGUACUAUGUGACAAAAUACACACAGAACCAUUUUAAAGUGUUAAAUGUUAAGUAUUAUAACAAUCUAAAUAAAAUAAUCAAAAACUUGUUUGAUUACACUCAACUCCCGCUGGUUUUGCUGAUCUAGUUAAUCUAUGUGUGGCCUACCUGUUAUAAACAGGAUUAACAUAUUUCAGGAAAAUCAAAGUAUUUUAUUUUUUUACUAACAGUGGAAACCAAUGUUGUCCAUUUAUGAAUAAAAUAUGAAAACUAA